GUCACUCCCUGCUCGACUUAACCAGAACCUGACAACAAUAUUUUGCCGGAUAAAUUCUACACCACCGCCCUUUAUUGUGACACAACUGUGGGAUCCUGGUAUUGAAGUGCGCCCCGGUGUGAUGUUGAAGUGCCAAGGGGGAGGUGGUGUGGCCAGUGGGAAAUUAGGAAAGUGCAUCGUAAUGUCCCAGAAAAAAAUAUAUAUACAAGGAAUGAACACCUAGGAAGGAAAAAAAAAAAAAAAGGGCUGGAAUAAUGGAAUGGGAUGAUGGUGGUAGCUGUGGUUCCAUACGAUCAAGAGAGUCGUGAAGGUGGAAGGAAGGUUCCAUCAACAACAACGUAGUGAAGGAGGAAACCAGACAGCUCCUGGACAAAGUGAAGGAUUUUAAGCGUCUCUCAUAUCCCCCUCCGGAAUAUUAGCGUGCUAAUUCAGACUCACAGCCCAGUGAGCAUGGACGGUGAGGAUAGUGGUGGAGGAACAGGGGAUACAUCCACUUACCAGGUAUUAGCGGCCCAAGACUCGUAUCCGAAGCAGAUCUGCCAGUUUGAUGAGCCCUCCCUGUCCAUCCCGUUCAUCCCUCUGAGUGGGGAGUACGCCCUGUUUGUGGGGCGCACCUCAGAGGGCCUCAUUGCCCACUCCAACUACCGGGUGUUCUUGCAACAGCGCGAUGCUACGUACCAUAUUCCCCUCGGGGUGGUGGAGGUAGUGGAGUGUCGGGAGAUCUUCUUCCUCUACCUGCUCUGUAAAGACACCAAAUCUUAUAAAUGUACGUUCCCAACUGGCGAGCAGUGUGCUGAGUGGCAGCGGCGUCUGACCAAGGCUUUGUCUCUCCCUCAACGUCUUGAAAAUGUCUUUGCCUUUGCCUUCUACAUGUGGAGCAUGGAGGAGACGCGUGAGCUGCACAAUGCCCUGGUUGAACCUGAAGGCCAGCAGUCUUAUGCUGUACGGGCUGAGAAAAUGUUUGAUGAAGAGGUACGACGACUCGGCUUUGACUUGGGAGGAGCGUGGCGCAUCUCAAUGGCAAACAGUGAAUACCAGCUUUGUCCCACAUAUCCCAAGAAGCUGGUGGUUCCGGCAUCAAUCAACGACAAUGUACUGGACUUUGUGGCACGGUUCAGGGCAGCAAGAAGGAUUCCAGCUGUGGUGUGGAGGCAUGCCAAUGGAGCUGUCAUUGCUCGAUGUAGUCAGCCUGAAGUUGGCUGGUUGGGUUGGCGUUCCAGUGAAGAUGAGGACUUGGUGAAGGCCAUCUCUGAAGCUUGUGCCUAUGACAGCCCCAUCUCAUCCUCCAAUGGUAUCGGUAUUACAUCCUCCCAGCUGGCACCACGAAACGACAGCGACAAAGAAGCCGUUACUCCAUCCUCUGAUAUUCCAUCUCUGUGUGAUUUGCCAGAAGCCAAGGCUCAGGCAGACAUAAAGAAAGUACUAAUUGUGGAUGCUAGAUCAUAUGCAACAGCUGUGGCCAACCGAGCUCGAGGGGGAGGGUGUGAGUGUCCAGAAUACUACCCUCAGUGUGAAAUUCAGUUCAUGAACCUUGCUAACAUUCACACCAUUCGCAAGUCUCACCACGCCCUUCGUCAGCUGGCAUCCUCCUCUCCUGACAUCCCCAAUUGGUUGUCCUUACUGGAGAACUCUCGGUGGCUGGGACAUCUGUCAGGACUGUUCAAGGCAGCUGUGACAAUAGUACAGGCGGUGGAGCGGGAGGCCAGGCCAGUCCUUGUUCACUGCUCAGAUGGAUGGGACCGAACACCCCAGCUGACAGCUCUCUCUCAAUUGCUGCUUGACCCUUACUACAGAACUAUAGAUGGCUUUGUGGUUCUCAUUGAGCGUGAGUGGGUAGAAUUUGGCCACAAGUUCAGUGACAGGUGUGGUAUUGGCCGCUGUUGUGAGGACAUCAAUGAGAGGUGUCCGGUGUUCCUGCAGUGGCUUGACUGUGUCCACCACCUCCUGUACUGGUAUCCCACUGCAUUCCAGUUCAAUCAAGCUUUUCUGGUCAAACUAGCACAGCAUGUGUACAGCAACCUGUUUGGCACAUUCCUGUGUAACUCUUCCCAAGAGCGGGUCCAGGCUGACAUUGGCGACCGAUCCUACUCUGUGUGGUCCUUCCUCAAGGCCAACAAGCAGCGAUACACCAACUACCUCUACGUCCCCACUCAGCAGGUGCUAUACCCCUCGUGCCACAUUAAAGACCUGCGUCUGUGGACGUCAGUGUACAUGCCUGAGAUGGGUGAGGUGACGGCUGACACCACCACCAGUGCUCACCCGAGUGUUGGUGAUGAUGAGGUACCCUGCAUCUACUUACCACACCAUCAGCUACCUUGCUACCAACAACUAGAUGAAGAUGAGGACAUUCAAGGUGGAGGAGGAGAAUUAGUCAAGACCAAAUCAUAUGAUGACCUCCUGGCUGGUACCUCCCCUCCCUCACACCAGCCCCUGCGGCGCUCCUCAGACCCAAACAUCAGAGAAAGUGGACCCAAUAUGGCUAUGCUCAACUCUGCUCUUGGAGCUGAAUUAGGAAAUGAUGACUCUGAGGCUGCUGUUGACCAUGCCAAUGAGGACGCAGCCAGUGAAGACCUGGAUGCCUAUGAGGAUUCCACCAGUGAGCCCAUCGGAGAGAGGCAGAAUGAUGAAUCAGAGUCAUUGACUUUGUGUGAGCCGUCUGUCUCAGAAUCUGAAAUCCAUGAAUGUGUGAGCAUUGUGCAAAAUGAACCCUGUGAUAUUGGUGUUGAGAGUGGUGAGGAGGCAAAUGAGCUGCUUGGACAGGAGUGUGUUGAACUGCAAGAAAAGUGUAUUAUUAAAGUAACAGACUCCAAGAGAGAUACGAAUAGUGAAAAAGUGCACAACAGGAAAGGAACAACAGGCGAGAGGCAGUUUAAGAGCUUGGCAGAGCAGUCCAUAGAGGGCUCCACGGAUACGUUAGUGGCAGAAAUAGGAAUCAUUGCAACCGAAGAAAAGGUCUCUCAGGAUAAGAAUAGUGAACAGAUGCCCAUGUUGAACAGAGAGGGUGGACAGAAUAGCCCAAAAUCCAUAUUGCAGGGUAAAUGCUUUCCAUUCAUGAAUGGGGCUGUGGGGGAGGAAGAAGUGAGUGCAGCAUCCAACAAUCGUAAAAAGCAAUCAACUUCAUCUAAUCCAGAAAGCAUUGAGGACCGAGCCGAGAGAAGGACUGUGAACGGCGUACCCAACAUGAGCUCAGUCAUGCAUAGUGUGGCAGCGUCUGGUUGUAGUAUUUGUCUCCAGAGUAAGAAAUUAUUAGAUGAAACAAGUGCUGGAGACUCUUGGCGCAGUGCUGGGCUUAUGAACGAGGGCUCCAUUGGGGGAGGGGCCGUGCGGGGGGUUACCACGGGACCAGGCAGUCGGGUGUCUCUCUACUCCACUCCAAUGCACUCGCGCACACCUUCAUCCUGCAUACCGUCAACCCCUUGUGAAGAUAGGCUUGGUGCAGGAGAUAGCAAAAGUGGUACUUUCGCUACACUUGAUGGACUUCAUAGUGUUAGUGAUGAAGUGACCAAGAGACUGCACCAAAUUCUUCUCCAUCAUCAGUCUGAGAAGGAAUCUCUAAAGAGGGACCUGCAGGCCACCAGACAUGCUCUGUACAACCAGAUCCAGCACAACCGUUGUCACAACCACCACCACGAUGGAACAGAAGAUCAAAUGUCCCUGCCCGAGAGUGUUGGUUCAGGCUCGGGUGGUUCUGUAGGUCAGGAGUCUGGUGUGUCGGACACGUCGUGGGAGGCUGUGGAAGAGGGAGACGCCCGGCCAACACUCUGGGUCCCUGACCAUGCUGUGGACUCCUGCAUGGGCUGCAACACUCAGUUCUGGAUGGGGCGACGGAAGCAUCACUGCAGGUUAGUUGCCAGGAGUUGUGGUAAGAUUUUCUGUUCAGACUGCUCAGAACACAGCAUCCCCAUCCCUCGUGAGCAGCUGUACCAGCCAGUAAGGGUAUGUGGAACCUGUUUCUUUACCCUGGGAAUGGAACACACAAAGCCAAAGAUAGUUGCUGCUGCUUCUAAUUAGUUUGUGGAGUAUAACCUUGAAGGUAUUGUAGUGUACCAACAACUGUGGUGUUGGUGUGUACUAGUUAAACAUGAAAACUCUGCCAUAAAAUGUACACUAAGUUAACUUGAUGGAUAUUUUCUUCUAUAUCUUUCGUAGUUUUCUGUAACUUGUGAUCGUGUCCUGGGAAUGUCAAAAAUACCAUAUUUAUUUGAUACCUCUGGACACUUCGGAAAUAGGUUUCCAGACAGAACUGCAUAAACUAUAUGGAGAAUUGGAUUUCAUACACAUGAAACAAACUAACAGUAGCCUUAAACUGCCACAUUGUUGAUUGACCACCAAAUUCUAAAUACCACUCAGCCUACAAGAUAUGAACCAUGCAGACUUAGGCACAAAUUAAUGUAUGGUCAGCCUUCAUGAGAUUUUCUGUUAUUUUGGAAGCUGCUUGCAGGCAACAUACCUAGGUGUGCUAAGUAGUGUGUGCCAGACCCUCACUGUAGUCUUAUAUGUAUCAUGCUUGUUCCACCGGAUGCUCUUGCAGUCCCAGAGAUGGAGGGAUGUGUGAAAGAAACAUUUCCUAAUGUAAAUAUGUCACUGGAAAAUGUACAGAUUAUGACAGGACUAUUCAGAAAUGGUUCCAGACAGCAUCAUAUAUCAAUGAAAACAUUAAGCUGUUUGCAGAAGUGAGCAUCUUAUGGGAUAUGGGUGUAUGGCUUUUUCUGGAGUUGUUCAGUUAGAAUUCUAAAUUAUUUCAUCAGCAACAAAAGUGUGUAUUAUUUCUUGUGGUGAGGAUGUUACCUCUUGUAUACACACAUGCGUAUGUAUGCAGUAUUAUCAUGAUUUCUGCAGUUAUUGUGUUAGUAUUUCAAAGUGAAUACCAGAAGCACAUAUGUUGGUACGAAUGUAUGUUGGGUGUAUGUCUGGAUGAAUGUACAUAUUUCUGUAGAAUCAUGCGCAUAAGCAGGAUACAUUUUGCUGUGAGGUGUUGCAGGCAGGAGAACAACAGGGUGGUGGAGUGUGUUUGUGUAGUGGUCAUGUUAGGAGUGGCUUAGGAGGCUAAUACGAUGUCCUUGAGUGUGCAUAUAUAUAUGAUGUGUAAAUACUUGUUGGGAAGUGAUAGUUAUUGUACAUAAACUAUUUUUCAGUAGUAAGGAGUUGCAAUGGUGAUAUCCUCAAACUGUAGAUGAUGUCCAGUACCCAGACAUUGGGAUUUGAUUCAUGUUCCUCAUAAAGGUCUGCCGUAGCAAUUGUCUUGCUAUGGACUCCACUGUAUGACAAUAGGUCGUCUUAAGGAUGCCAGUGAUGACAGGAAAGGUGGUGAGUAUGAGAAGAUAAAUGCUUGAGUGAAUGAGAAACAAAAACAGAGAUAAAAAAUUGUCAUUGGUUGUAAGCGUACGGCAACUAAAUAGGAAGAUGUUUUGUUGCUGUAGUGAUGUCUAAAACCCUCCAGAUGGCUAUACAUUAACCCAAUCCACAUCUCAUGUAUUUUGCGAAAUAAUUAAUACUAGGUCUUUGAUGUUCUAGUUCAUUAUCAUGUUUUUAGUACUCAUGCUGUUGCUGUUUCAAUAUAAUCUUGUAGCAUCUUUCAGAGGUGUUUAAUAUGGGGAUGCUGACCCAACUAAUGUGAUAUAAUGUAAAGUAGACUGGAUAUAUGUAUAUUUUUUUCAAAGUGAAGUUAAGGAUUCCUUCUGUCAUUUAGUAGGAAUUGGAAACUCAUGGUCUUGUGGUGUUGAAAGGAGAUAAGAUGAAUUUCAACUCCUAGUGUGCUAGUCAUUUUGCUUUGCUCAACAGGCCAUAUGAAUAAUAUACUCUCUACACUGUGCGUGCGCGCGUGCACACACACACACACACACACACACACACACAGUAUAAGAUGUAUUAUAUAGAGAUAAUUAUUACCUAGACAGUUUUAAGGAUAUUUCAUCAGUGAAUUUAUAUAUAGAAUAUAUAUUCACACAGAUUUGUGUGCAUUAAAGAAAUUAUUUAUACUGCAUUUACCUUAAGAAGUAUUCUAUUUGCAUAAGGUUACUUUUAUUUUUCUAAGUUUGCAUAGAGUUUCCAGAUCUUCAUUUUUGUGUUUAUCAUAUAUUUUUAUUGUUUUAUUAUAUGCACAGUCUAUUUUGAAAAAAAAAAAAAAAGUUGGUUUAUGAAAGGUGUCUCUAUAUAGUACAUGAAUAUUUCUUUCUAUACCUGCUGUAUUAUUGUGUGUCUGUACAACACAUGUUUCAUGCAUGGGACAGCAAUUAAAGGGCAGAAGGUAGCAUAUGAUUGACACCAGACCAAAGCUGUAGUUAAGGUACAUGUAAUCUAGACUGGACUUGGAAAAGAGGGGUCACAUCCAUUACCACAGGACAGGCUUUCUAUCACAUAGUGCAUACAUACUGAAACAUCUUUCUUCAAUGCUUCCUCUCAACAUGAUCAAGACUGUAGAUAGACCCUGCGGAUUGCUGGGUCAGACAUUGAGAGAUGCAAUUCAUGGUUAUUUCCAAAUUUCACACCAAGAUCAAUACUAUAUAUUUUUGUUUAAUAUUUUGUUGAUGUUCCUUGAUGGUGAACAUGUGGGUCUUGACAGGUUAGCAGAGCUGAUCUGCAGUGGCAUGAUAUUGCUAGUCAGUGGCAACUAUCAUUUUGAAUCAUAAUCAGAACUUGUGUUUUAUUUUUGUCAUGCAGUGGAACCUCAAAAUCUACGAAUUUAUGCUGAUUAAUUUGUACAGUCUUGUGGCACAUGAUAAAACCAUUAAUAUGGGAUAACAUUUAAAGUUCAAACAAAUGCAUUUAAUUGCAUGCCAUAAAUUUUAAGUUAUUCAGAGAGGCUGAGAUCCCCCUUACAGGGAAGCAGCCCACACAUAACAUCUUGUCUUAUUAUAGGAACAGAAAUAUAGAGAUGAUGAUUCCUAGUCCCCUUGCUCCACCCCAUUUACUUGCUCUGAGUAUGGUAGCCACAAUGUGCAGUCAGGCACAUAUAUCCUAUCACAGGGGAUGGUACUAGUUGUCAGUCAUUCAUGCUUAUCAUUAUUGCAAGCAAAGUUCUGAGUGUGUUUAUGAGAAUGAAAACAUACAUAUUCUUGAAUGUUAAAUGGAUAUUUAUUGUCCAUCUCAUAACUAUCUUUAGUUUUUGUAAACAAAGGUUCCUCUGCAUUAUUUAUAAUUUGCUAUGCAGUGUAAAAAUAAUUCCGAGUGUUUAUCAGCACACUAUUGCUUGUCUUGGAGUGGUAGUUGUGUAGUUUUCUCUGCAUAUCAUUUCAUGCAUUUCAGCUUUGAAAGCUAACACCUGGAUUUUUAUUUAAGUAUGUUGUGCAGAACUCAGGGUGUUAGUAAUCAUACUAUUUGUGUAAAGCUAUUUCUGUAGCAAAUGCUUCCCAUCAGAAUUUCAGUAAAAUUAAUUAUGAGAGAUGACCAUAGUGUCACAGGCAACAUUCUUGUAACAUUUGCUCACAUUGCAAAGUAUAACUUAGUUAACUUGAAAGAAAAUUAAAAAUAAUCUUAGAGUUUUGCUGUGCAAAGACAGUAGUCACCCCACUAUAAUGGACUUUCUUACCCUAGAAUAUGUGAUUUCUUUGGACUCUGACUUAUCCUGUCCACACAUCUGAGAAUACCCACAGUCAGAAGUGCACUGGUUUUCUUGUAACUAUUUGAAUGCUGGUUAUUGUGUUCAUGGCUUUGUAAUAGAUACAAACAGCAUCCUUUUAUAUAUCUUUUUGUUAGGUUUGACAACUAUUAACCCACAGCAGAGAUCAAUACAUUUAAUACAGACAAAACAGUAUUUUUAACGUCGCUGAAAUAAUUAAAGUGCUUGACAAGUGGUAAUCCAUCAGAGUUUCUUAAUUACUAUUUUCUUUCUGUGAAGCUCUUCUUUGUUCUUAUGGGAGUGGUGCUUCUCUCAAGCCACAUCCUUUUCCUUAUGACAUUUACCACAUCACUGAGUCCUCUCGUAGUCCUCUGCACAAUGCUUUCAUCUCGGUCCUUCCUCAGUCCUACCACAGUUUGGUGGGCGAAUGUAUGCAUGGGAAAGUGUAUAUAUGUACGUAUGAUUAUUUAUUUUGUUUAUUUAUUCUGUGAUGCCUCUGAGAUCUUUUCUGUUUUGGGCUUAAAAGGUAGAGGCUCUGUGAGUCAGUCCAUUAUAGUUGGGGACAGUGAUAGUUAUCCAUUUUGGAAAUAACUAACUUACAAUGCAAAUCCAGUGCUGGUGAAUGUGUCAAGCAUUAUCAAGAAUACAUCCAUCCAUAUACCUAUACAUGUAUAUUGCUGUUUUCAUUAAUGGCAGAAAAAGAAAAUGAAUUGGAAAACUACAUUGACAUUGAUAUCAGGUACCACAGCCUUAAUUCUGACUGUAGAUAUGUAUCCUUAAUAAGGAAUUAAUAUAGUGUCACAUGUUGUAUGCUUUUAACUUUCCAUAUGUAUACAGCCUAUUUGGAUAGCAACUGUUAUGUACCUAUAUGGUUCUUGUUACAGUAGUAUGGCACUGUGAAACACCAUUUAUUUAGUGAGUUUCAGUAUGUUUCAUUUAUUUACGCAUUUUGAAGGGUGGGUGAAAAUGGCUAUUAGCUUAGAGCUUUGCAAGCAAUGAUGGCUCUGUGAAGGAGCAAAUGAGCCCCCAUUUUGAUAACAUUUCAAGCUGGAUGUUUGAAACACCCAAAAUUUGCUCAUUCAUUUAAAAAAAACAAAACAAGAAAAUGAUUGAAAAUAUGACAUUACUAGAAUUAUGAAACCAAAUACCAUGUACUUCAUGGAAAUGUGACAGAAUAUGAUUGAUGAUUCCUUUAUUUGUCCCAAUGAUAAGACAAAAUCUUUCAAAUAUGCCUCAUGUUAUUUACCAGUUAUUACAUCCAGUAAGACCAUGAAGCAGUAAAAUAAACCUGGUGGAGGCAUUGGCCAGUGUGGUGUGUCCUGCACCACGUGUUACGACACUAUCACAUGGGAGCAGCAUGGGGAGUUGUAUAUUGAAGUAUUCUUUGUGUUAAUCUUCACUUUUGAAAGCAAUAGUUUUAUGCACUGAGUUACUUGUAUCCUGUAUUUGUGUUGUAUUUUAUUUGAAUUUGACCUGUAUUAUAUAUACUUUGCAUAGUUUUGGGCAGAGAUAUUUUACUUGAUCUGUGUACAUACUAGGCUCAAGGUGUGCAGGUAGGUAACUCUGUAGUGGAGUAUAUUUCAGAUCCAACCAAACAUUGGUGAUGUAGCUCAUGAAAUACUGUUGGUUACGUCAGUAAGGCUUGUGAUGCAACUCUUCACUAGUCAUUAGAACAGGACAUACACACCCAACAACUUCUCUUCUCAUGAAUGCAGUAUUUGCUAGAAGUUUAUAUUACAUUUCUCAAGUUUCUCUAAUACAUGGCAGAGCUGGUUGGUGAAUAACAACUAUUUAGGUGAGAGUUUGUCAAGUUUGAAGACCAUUUAGACGUGAUGUUAUAAAAUAUUUGAGAUGUACGUAUGAAAAGUUCAUGGGUUACAGUGUUUGAUUUCAUGAAUUUGUUUGUUCUUUAAUAAUGAUGCAUUCACUGAAAACAAAACAAAAGUGCUGGGGAUUGUGGCUGCCUAAGAUUCAUUGAGGGAAAAGUUGCUUUUGAAGUGUUGUUCUUGAAAUAUUUUGUCUAGUAUUGUUACUAUUGCAAGGAAUUCUUACAUUGAAACUUGCCAGCUUAUAUAGUGCAAAAUACUGUGAUUUUGUCUUUACUAAAGGGCAAUAAGUUUAUUAUUAUUAUUAUUAUUAUUAUUAUUAUUAUUAUUAUUAUUAUUAUUAUUAUUAUUAUUAUUAUUAUUAUUAUCAUCAUCAUCAUUAUUACUGAGCUUUAAAUUGUGUCGUAAAUUUUGCAUCAUGGCAGUGCUGACUGGUAUUAAGUUCUUGUAGACAAUUAUGUAAUCAUCCUUAAAUCUGGAAGGUAGAUAGAAAACCUGAAUUACUUCCAUUCUCCCUACUUAAGUAUGUAUUCUGAGCUCACAGCAGUAUUUGUAAUUAUCUACAUUCUAAAGAGUCAAUAACUUUGUUUUAUCUGGCUUUACAAAAAUUAAAGAGUUUAACUCCGAAUACCAAGAGUUGAACUCCGAAUACUUAGAGUUGAACUCCGAAUACUUACUAUAUUCUGUUUUCUCAACUCUGUUGCAGUCAUUUAGUCAUUUGUGGACAUGAUAGCACCCACCUGCUGAUGCUUUCACUCACUGAUUGGCCCUCAUAAUCCAGCUUGUUUUGAUGUGGUGUAUAUGGCAAAUUGACAGAUUUCUACCAAAACCCUAACUUAUUUUUGAGGUACUGGUUUAUCCAAAUAAGAAUAAACUGGUAUCAAGACAUGGUAUUAAGAAAAUUAAGUUUGUUGCAUGUUUUGAAACAAAGUGGGGAGAUGUACACUAAUCAGUGAGUGUCCUCUGGUGGCAGAAUUGUUGUGACAGUCAAUGAAACAGAGUAUUAUAAUAGGUAUGGAAAAACCAGCAGUGCUUCUAUUGAAAGUCUGAUACCCAGCCAGACCUGAUGUUGUCUUUGGUUUAAAUGUUAUUCCAUUAGACUGUUAAUUGAUGUCUUAUGUUAGAAGAUGUGCUUAAACCAAAAUCUAAUCAGUUAUACCCUCUUUUUGGGACUUGGUCUUAGUGCAUCUUGCAAGGUAGGACAUUUUUUAUAGUACAAGCCCUUUUGCCUUGACUGAAAGUUCCCUUAAUGGUUAUAAUGAUGAACAAGUUUAUUUUAUUUUUAUUUCAUUAACUUCCCUGUCCAAGUUUGUCUGCAAGAAGAUGAUUGAAAGUGUACCAUUACUCUGUUUAAGUUACUGCAUUGCAAUAAAUUGUAUUUUAUUUCUUUCCAUCUCUCUCUCCUUUAAGAGUGUAGUAUACACUGUGUAUUUCAAAAGGAGACUUUUAAGCCAUGUCCACCUUCUUCAAGGGAAUCCUAAAUAAUCAGCAUCUUGAAAGAAAUCUGACGAUUAGGUUUAAUAUAGUGAGGUGUAAGAAAAGCAUUCUUUCUUUCUUUCUCACAUGAAUACAUGGGUUUCAAGUAAAAGGGCUUGACUGUAUAUUACAUAGUUCCUUAGUGCCCCUUACAGUGACAAAUACUCUUCAAAUUUAGUGUAUUAUGAUAUUUUUGUUUUACAUUUACUUUUUAAUGACUUUUAAUGGUUUUAACUUCCAAUUGUUGAUUUAUCUGAUACAAUUUCCAAUGUAAUUGUGCAUUGUAGGUAAGUAAUAUUUUGUAGUGGUUAACUGAAAAUAAUUUGUAAAACAAGAAAUUAGUCAGGUAGUUUACAACUACUGAAAUUUUGAUGCAAAAUGUUUCAUAUAUAAUAUAUAGUGUCAGAUUUUUAUAUUUGAGUUUCAUGUGCAGAUAAUUCAAUAAUUUGAAUAUAUGUCUGUACAUUCCCCUUCCCAAAAUAAAAAUAAAACAAAGCAUAUCACAAUCUUAAGUCCUAUUUUAAAGUGCAGAGCCUGAGCUGUUGAGCCCAAGAAGCCAAUCCAUUAUUUGUGUCAUUGGUGUCGAGCCGUGCCUGGUGCAGAUUAUCAUGAGGCCUUGACUGUCACAAUGUCUCGGACAAAUCUUUAGCAUUGUGUAGCUUGUGAUAAUUUUGUAAUGUAAUUAAGGAUAGUAUAUAUUUGUAAUCCUAUUACUGAUCAUUUUGGGUCGGGGCUCAAAAAUAAAACUGGAUUUUAAUAAUGUUCAUCAGUAUAGGUUUUAUUAUUUAGUUUAUUGGCUCCUACUUUGACUGUGUUUCUAUAGGACAGAAACUGUGCGUGUGCUUGUGUGCAUGUGUGCGAGAGAGAGAAUGAAAAUGAGAGAGCAAGAGAGUGAGAGAGCGCACUCCAUAGAAGCUCACCUGAUGUGAUGGAAUCAUACUUACCUGUAGUAUGAUGUGCCCCCUCUGUGAUUGUAUACUUCACUUCAGUUUGUCUGAUGUCAUGUGCUUUAUACUGCUAGAAAUUGUGACUAAAGAAAAAAAAGGUGUUCCCAGCCUGUUUCUCACAGCCCAGCAACACACAACUUGCCGGUGAAGACUUAUGCACUUCUUUAUUGCCAAGGCAUUCCAUAUCUUUUAACUUGAAUAUUUUGAUAAGAAAAAGAAACAAUUGUUUUGUAGUUAAGAAAAAAUAAAGAAAUGUUACUAUAUUAUUUAUAAGAGGGAUGUGCUUAGAUUGAAGAAAAUGAUAAUACUGAACUUUUUUCAAAACUUUAUUGUCUUCCUGUUGAAUUAGUAUGUAUCAUGAAUUAUUGAUAGUCCUUGAGAAUUAUGUGUUAGCAUUAGCAUAGCAGCCAAAUAAGCUUUUCACAACAUCUCGGCAGUGGUUACAUACUACAGUUCUGUUCACUUAUUUUUGGAGUAGUGUUAGGGGCACGCAUCCUCACCAAUCUUGUGCACUAGCAUCUUGAAAUCAUUGUGUAUGUGAAUAAUAUGUUAUAUAUAUAUAUCUGUAAAUAAAUGGCAUAAGAUUA